GUGUAUGUGUCUGCAUAUGAAAAAAUCGAUGCCAGACUCCCUGCAAAAACUUCAUUCAGAAAGGAACGGAAAGGAAAGCGAGAGAAAGGAGAGUAGAAGAAGAAGAAGCCAAGCAUCGACGCCGACAGCAGUAAAUUUUACAGCUAGACAAAGUGGCCGUUUUUGCGUGUGUGGGUGGUUAUAACGCCUCGACGUUCCGAUGACGAAUUUAAUGACCUGAAAUCAGAGAAGCAAGAGCAGCGAGGGAAGUCGUGGAAAACCGCCAAUCACUUUCACACAUUGCAUAGAUGAAAAUUGAAACAGCCGACAACAAAGCAACGUCAGCAGCGACGCUGACUGAGGCAGCGACUUCGACGUCAGUGGGCGCUUUGAUUACAUUUUCAUAAUCGACGAAACAUCCGAAAUCCACAGAGCAGGUCUCCCGUCGAUGGUUUCAAUGAGAAUCGCAUAAUGGCAGCGGCACCUGAAUCGUGUGGAGCACGCGAUUCCAACGAACCGGAGAGCGAGGGGGCGUUCGAUCCGGAGGCGGGGCGGUCCCAGGUGGCGAUGACGGACUCCCAGCCCGCAUUGGAUUCCCUGGAGGCGGAGACGGAGGCAGAGGCGGAGGCGGAGGCAGACCCAGAUGCAGAUGCUGCCGCGGCUGGAGCUGACCAACAAAAGCAAAACAUCGAUGAGCAACUGCAGCUUCAGUCGCUGGAGCCCAUCUCCUUGGAUGAUAUACCUGAGCCCAUCAAAGUCCUCGACGAGAUUAUUUCGGAGUUCGAGGAGGCCGCAACCAAGCCAGUGGCCUUGCACAGCAGCAGUGGCGAAAAUCAAUCUGAGGACGAUGGCUACAUGAGCCUGAGUCGCAAAAACAUGUCCAAAAAGGAUUCCGAAGAUGUGCCACAAACACCCAGUACCGACACCGUGCCCGAGGGAAGUUUCAACGAGGUGGAUGGCACGGCUGAGAAUCUAACCAAAUUAUCUGAGGUGGAGCACGGACAGGAAGCGACGACUCCUCUCAUCCAGACAACGCUGCCAAAGGCCCGGGGUUCCAGCUCGACUCCGGCCACCAACUCGAACUACUCGAGUCUGCCGUGUUGCGGGGCUAGGGCAUCGAAUUUGGGCGGAGCUUCCGGUGGGAAUUCCUCAAGUGGGCUGGCAGCCAUUCGGCACCCGGGCAGCUGCAACGGUGGCCGCAACGCACUGGGCAUCGACAUCAGUGCCGUGCACAACGCUGUGCUCCGUGGCAACCUGGCCAAGCUGCCGGAGCCCUUCGUCAACGAACAUCCGGUGACCAUCUACCCGGGCCCAUCCUCUAAGACGGCUGGCGGGGAGGGGGCCCGUGGCAAACGGCUGCUCAGCUCGGUGGAGAAGCACAAGGAGGUGUGCCACAUGCUCAAUCCGCAUUCCAGUAGCUCGACCUCCUCGUCCGGUUCGCAGCACACGUCCAGCGGGGAGGCCUCGCCGGCUGCUUCCCACGUCAACGUGGCGACCUCGAAGUCGGCUGGCAGGGACGAUGACUACUCGGAGGACUCGCUGGAGGAGUCCACCAUCUCCACGGACCUCACGCCCGUCAAGCAAAACGGGGUCGCCUGGGAAAUCCACUUCAAGAGCAACAAGAAGAAGUCCAACUCCAAAAAAACGUCGGGUGCUGCGUCCAAAAAGCAGCAACAGCGUGCCAACAACUUGGACGACUUCAACAACAGCUUCGUAUACAACGAGCACAGCAUGCUGGGCAAGGGAACCUUCAUUAUUCGCCGCUCCACUGCCAAGAAACCGCCGCGAGCUGCUGACGUCUUUUGUAUACCAAAGCCGCCACGUCCCUCGUUGGCCGAGAGAGCAGGGUCCGCAUCCAAAGUGGGAGCUGGCGCGAUCAGCAAUGAGUUCUACACGAGCGACAGCGAGCAGAGCGACGCCGCUCCACUGCCGCCGCCGCCGGCAGCCUCCGAGAUGAACUUUGUUUACAAAGAAUGCGAGGCCAAUGCGGCGCAUACACGCCGCGGACUGGAAAUGGCUGCUGCACACCGGGCUGCCCUUUCGCUGGACAUCGCCGAGGCUCCGGACCAACUGGGCCACUGCAAGCCGGUGAAGAGCAAGACCGCAAUGCUAACCGAGAAGCGCCUGAGCGCCGAGUCCAUGCCGGACAACACCUCCAGCAGCGAGGAGUUUGAUGAGGCGCGUCUCAACGGUAACGGGAGCUACGAGCUGUACACCUACAACGGCAGCGAUCAACGAGUUUCAAACGCCACCACCCCACACACCGAUCUGGCGCCAACUCUGGAGGAGGAUGAGGAGCUGUCCGACUUUAGCUAUGGGUGUGCUCCUCUCACGCAAAUCGAGCACAACAUUAGCGCUCUGUUGCGUGGAGAAAUGCCCAUCGUGGGUCAACCGGCUGGCUGCAAUGGAGGCGGGUCCGCCGGAGCCGCUGCGACGGCUGCCGAGCUGCACGCCAAGCGGGUGCUGGAGUUCAGGCCAGGCGUUCACAAGUCCGAGAGUGCCAAGGAGAUGCUGCUGUCGCAGAUGCCCGGCCUGGGCCCUCUCCCACCGUCGCCGCCGAGCUCCAAUCCGGAUUUGUUUGACUACGAUGCCCCACUGCCGCCAUCGCCAGUGGAGCCGCGCAAACAGCUAGAGCUUCCCGCAGUGGCGUCGACCGGUGCCCCGCCACCGAACCGCGGCACCACCGUGGUGGAGGUGCAUGCCACCGCCUCCGGAGCAGCGGUGCACAGCAGCAACAGCCACACGCGCCGGAGUCGCGACAAUGUCGCCGCCGUGCGCCACUUCACCGACGAGCUGCCGCCUCCACCGGCGCCUGCCCACCAGUCGGCCAGCUUCGUGGAGGGCCUGCCCGGGCCGCCCAUGGUGCCCCCGCAUCGAGCCACUGGAGGCCAUUCGGCCAACACCAUGAAGUCUUGGAGCAUCGACUCGCAGUACCGGAAGAGGUCGCCCAAGCUAUUUGGCCACUACAGCAGCGGGGGCAGUGGGAUCACCACUCCCACCGGUCUGGGCCCGAUGCCCCCGCUGCCGCCACCCCCUCUCGAUGGAAUGGCGGGCGGGUCUGGGUCCUAUCAACGGCGGUAUAUUAAUUAUGGCACCAAGCGCAGCCUGAAGCAGUCCCCGCGCGAGGAGCACCGCCUGCAAACCUCAUGUAGUCUUCCUGAAACGCCAAUCUUUGCCAGAGGCUGUGACAUACCACGUACGCCAUAUCGACGCCAAAACGAGCCACUGCCGGUGGUCAGCGGGUCGCGCACCGCGCCCAGAUCUAGCACAUCGAACAGCAUUAACAUGGGCACUUCCAUUUUGGGGAUUGGAGCCGGCAACUAUGGUACGGCUCAAAUUUGCCGUCAGCGCUCCAUUAAUCAUGCGUUGGCCUCCAACGAGAUGCUUCGUAUGACGGGUGCACCGGCUCGCGGCUGGUAUCCCAAGCAACGAGGCAUGCGUCCGGUCUCCACCGAGAACAUCGACCGCCUGGCGUCCGUGCGAGUGUGGGACAAUCCGGCGGGCAUGUCCGGAACCGGACAGUCCCGCAAGCCACUUACGCUGCCACCAAAUCUUACGCCUUCCUUUUUAAACAAAUCUCCUCGUGAGGCCCUGCGGCGAGUGACCAGUUUGCUGAUAACCAAAAAGAAGAACAGCAAGGAUCGAAAACAUAAGGCAUAUUGCGAUCAACUCAUGGAUGAUAGCAACAGCAAGCACGCCUAUGAAUUCGAGACCGGCUCUACCAAGCGGAAAGAUACCAAUCGCAAGGAUAACGGUGCCUCGGCAGCAGCCACCAAUUCCAAACCCAAAAAGAAGGGCCUAUUCAAAUCCCUUUGGAAACGCACGAAAACCGCCUCGUUGGAUCAGUAGAGAGUUCUCGCCGGCAAGCCUAAGCACUGCCCCAAAUUUCAUGUACACCGUAAGCGUAUAAUAGCAUCGAAGAUGAUAAUAGACCUGCACUUACACUCACGAUUUUCGGGUCGCAAGUUGAGAGUUAACCUUUGCACCCACCCACCCACUCAUCUGCUCAUCCGAUCAGCAAAUCUUUCUCACGCUCGUGUUCGUUCACCUUGAAGACAAUUGAAGCAAUUUUAUAUACACAUCGCAUCGUAUAUUGGUCAUAAAGUAAUGAAAAACUGAAUAAUUCAAAUGCACAAAAGCCGUGAAUCGUAAAGACUGAAAAUGAAAAAAGCGUAAAACAAAGAAAAUUUAACCGAAAUCGAAAAUGUUAUGAACGACAAUGAAAUUAACUGGACACAUGCAAACAAUAUUCCACUCUCGCAAAAAAAAAAAAAACAAUGCAGUUGUAUGGAUCGCACGGCAAUAUUAUAAUGUUCUUGUGUGUGAGCGGUCUCCCCCGACCUUGAAUUUGCCAAACGAAAAUAAUGCAAUUAUUCCAAGGCCGUACAGCCAAAACCUAACCGAAUGCACGCAACAUUGAGCGCAGAAAGAAAUUUACAACUUUUACAAGCACUGAAUUUAUAUAUACGUAUAUAGAUAUGAGCGCUAUAUAUAUAGUUUGGACUAUAACUGAACCGUUUAGGGUUCUAGGCAACAUUACUUACUUUAUGAUGAUGUUUAAUUCUUAAAGCACUUUUUGUGUAGCUGAGAUCUAGGUUUGGGUUAUUGGACAAUUUAUUUUCUAUUUUUUGGAGUACGUCAAGGGACUUAGAGCCGCUGGAUUAUGGGCAUAGUGCAAUUUGAGAGGAGGUAUAGUUAAUUAAAACAUAUAUCUCAGGUCUCUUUUAGCGAAUAUCCGUUGCGUUGCCCCUCCAGUCAUCCCCAGAUAACUCAAUUUAAAACUAGUCGCAGUAAUAAACAAGAAUCUAAACUCUCUAAUAAUGUAUUACAUUUUCAAAAACUGAAAAAGAAUGAAGUUAAGCCCUCCACAUUUCAAAGAAUGUUUGAUAAUAAAACGAAUUCGAAAUUGAUAACAAAUCAAUAUUAUCUUACAAUGCAUAAUGAAUGCUCAAGACAAUUUUACCAGAGAGCAUUUCUCAAAUUUUGAGCGCUAAAAUAGUUGGAAGUCGAAGGAAAACUGCAAUGUAAAACAACAAAACUGUAAACGUUUACUAGUCAUUAAAUAUAAAAAACAACAGAAAAAAUUAUAUAUAUGAAAGAUAACAUAUUUUUUAUUAACACUCACUGAGGCGCCAAGAAUAACAAAUUUGGCAGCGUUUUAUGAGCAGGAGCUGGCCCCCAAGAACAAGUUGAAAGUAUUAUUAACGAAUUAUAUUAUAUGCUAUAGCAAGUUGGUAUUUAUUAUAAUUAAUGAUAUAUGUACAAUUAUUUGAAUUAACAUUAUUGAAUAUAUUUUUUAGAAAAGUAGCAUGAAACAAAAUAAAAUUUAAAAAAACCAAUAAUCCAUGGCCCUUGUAUACUUUUCAGAUAGAUAUCAAUUUAAAAUUGGAUCCUUUGGUAUAGGCGAAACUUAAAUGGUUAUUGAACACAAAAUUAUAAAAUAUUAAAAUCCACAUUUUAGGAGUACUGGGAAUAAAAACUAAAUAAAAAGAUAACUUUUAACAUUCGAGAACUGGAUAUAAUUAUUUCUUUUUCAAGUAAACUGCCAAUAACAUAAUAUUUACUCAAUUAUAAUAUAUAUUUUCAAUAAUCUUUAAACAGACACUCACACAUACUGGAAAGGUAUUUAACUGAAAAAAUGUUAUGUAUUUCUGUGAAAGUCCUGGGAUACCAUUUAGACAUUAUCCAAUUCAUAUGACAAAUUACAAUAAAAAAAACGAACAAAUGAUCUAAAAAAGUUACACCAUUAGCAUACAGACACAGACGGCAAAAAAAAAUAUUAUAUAUAAUUUUUUAGCAAGAAAAAGCAAAUUUUUAAUAUAAAAAUUAAACAAUUGUAUAUGAGGGUAAACCAAAUGGAAUAAAAAGAAGAAUAUUGAAAUAA